CCCUUUUCUUUUUAAUUUAGGAUAAUUAUUUUGAGGAAGCCCUGAAGAUGAGAAAUCUUCUUGAAGAGUUCCAUACAGACCAUGGUAUUCGUCCUCCUACCAUUCUUGGUGUUCGGGAACAUGUCUUCACCGGAAGUGUCUCUUCUUUAGCCUCAUUUAUGUCCAAUCAAGAAACUAGCUUUGUUACUCUAGGCCAGCGUGUUCUGGCAAAUCCUUUAAAGGUUCGUAUGCAUUAUGGCCAUCCAGAUGUUUUUGAUAGAGUUUUCCAUAUAACACGAGGUGGUAUCAGCAAGGCCUCCCGAGUUAUCAACAUUAGUGAAGAUAUAUAUGCUGGAUUCAAUUCAACAUUGCGCCAAGGGAAUGUUACUCAUCAUGAAUAUAUUCAGGUUGGAAAAGGACGAGAUGUUGGACUCAAUCAGAUUGCUCUAUUUGAAGGGAAAGUUGCUGGUGGUAAUGGUGAACAAGUUCUCAGUCGAGACAUUUACAGACUUGGGCAGCUCUUUGAUUUCUUCCGAAUGAUGUCAUUCUACUUUACGACUGUUGGAUUCUAUUUCUGUACUAUGUUGACAGUGCUCACGGUAUACGCUUUCCUUUAUGGGAAGGCAUAUUUGGCACUAUCUGGAAUAGGAGAACAACUUCAAAUAAGAGCACAGAUAUUGAACAACACUGCUCUGACCACGGCUCUCAAUACACAGUUUCUUUUUCAGAUUGGUAUGUUUACUGCUGUGCCAAUGGUUUUGGGUUUCAUCCUGGAGCAGGGUUUUCUAAGGGCUGUUGUCAGUUUUGUCACUAUGCAGUUUCAGCUUUGUUCUGUCUUCUUCACUUUUUCUCUGGGCACAAGAACACAUUAUUUUGGUCGGACCAUUCUUCAUGGGGGUGCAAGGUAUCAAGCAACUGGUAGGGGAUUUGUCGUCCGCCAUAUUAAAUUUUCUGAGAAUUAUCGGCUUUACUCCCGUAGUCAUUUUGUUAAAGGAUUAGAGGUUGUGCUUUUGUUGAUAGUAUACCUUGCAUAUGGGUAUAACGAAGGCGCACUAUCGUACAUUCUUCUUAGCAUUAGCAGUUGGUUCAUGGCUCUUUCUUGGCUUUUUGCUCCCUAUUUGUUCAAUCCAUCUGGUUUUGAGUGGCAGAAGACUGUGGAGGACUUUCGGGAUUGGACAAACUGGCUUUUUUACAGAGGUGGAAUUGGAGUUAAGGGAGGAGAAAGCUGGGAGGCUUGGUGGGAUGAAGAACUGGCACAUAUUCGGACCUUUGGUGGAAGAUUAGCUGAGACCAUUCUGAGCCUAAGAUUCUUUAUCUUCCAGUAUGGCAUCAUCUACAAGCUAGAUGUACAAGGACAGAAUAGAUCUUUAACGGUAUACGGCCUAUCAUGGAUCGUGUUGGCUGUGCUAAUAAUUCUCUUCAAGGUGUUCACCUUCAGCCAGAAGAUCUCAGUGAACUUCCAGCUGCUGUUGCGCUUCAUCCAAGGCAUUUCAUUACUGCUGGCCUUGGCUGGCAUAGUCAUAGCAAUUGCAAUGACACCUCUAUCAAUUACAGACAUAUUUGCUUGCAUCUUAGCUUUUAUACCUACUGGGUGGGGGAUUAUUUCGAUUGCUGUGGCUUGGAAGCCUUUAGUGAAGAAGCUGGGAUUCUGGAAAUCCAUCCGCUCAAUGGCCCGUUUAUACGAUGCAGGAAUGGGAAUGCUCAUCUUCAUUCCCAUAGCCUUCUGCUCAUGGUUCCCAUUCGUAUCAACAUUCCAAACCCGGCUCAUGUUCAACCAAGCAUUCAGCAGAGGCCUGGAAAUCUCUCUUAUCCUCGCCGGAAACAAUCCCAACACUGGAAUAUGACCAUCUUUUCGGGUAUGUCUUUUUUGUUAUUGUAUAUGAGAGCUUGCUUCUCUAUUGAGUUCUAUUGAAACUUUAGGGCAGUUUUGUGGUGGUGAUACUUCGUUUGAUGUAGAAAACACUCUGUAUUGUACUACGUAUAUAUUUCCAUGUGAUUGGCAAUUUAUUUCUUUGAUUAGUUUAAUCUCUUGGAACACUA